UAAGCGUAGCGUUCAAGUUGUUUGUUGUAUUGUUGUUUCAGUUUUUUAUUUGUAUUUUAUACAUAGACAUAUAAAUAUAUAUAUAUUGGAAUAAUAUUUUGUGAUUAGUGUGUUCUUACUUAGUAGAGUUGUUGUUGUAUCUAACAGAUACAAAAAAAAAAGAAAAAACAAGAAAUUCGACUUGUAUUCUGUGUAUCUGCGCGUUUAUAUAUAUAUGUUUGUCGAUUUUUAAACAAAAGCAUAAAAAUAUUGCAAAACAUAUAGUGUGUUUUUUAAUUUUACUAUUUUUUUAUAAUAAUUAUAAUAUUUUUCAUUUCACCAUAGAAUUCGUUAGAAUGAAAUAAAUAAAAAGAUUUUCUACCCUUAAAAAAAUAAGAAAUAAAAAUAUUUAAUUUUGAAUCUACUAUACGCAGCAUUAAAUCUUUAUGUAUCUGCUUGCAAUUUGAAAAGUUACCCAGACCACACAUCCCUACAUCCUUUCUAGUAAUUCAUGCUCAUACAACAACAGCUUGAGUAGUAGUAGUACUUGAGCAGAUACAAUACAACAACGACGACGACUAAAACUACAACAGCAAACAAAAUAAACGUCACAAUUAUGAAAAUCUCAAAGGAUAAAAACAGCUGGGCUAUAAAACGAAUGCGAUAAAAAAAACAAACAAAAGAAAAACUAAAUUAAGUUGAUAAAUAAAAAGUAAAGUAGAAAAAAAAUAUGGAAUAUUUAAACAAAAGAAAGUGAAAAUAUCUACAUACAUAUAAACAAAUUAAUAUUGCUAUAGAAGAAAAAAAAGCACACAAAAUAGAACAUGAUUGAUAAUGGAAAAAAUAGUUAUAGAAUAGAAAAUAAAUAUUGCUGACAUAGAAUUAAAGUGAAAGACAGACAGAUAACUAGAGGAAUAAAUAGCUGAAUAAAAGAAAAAAACUUAGAAAGUUAAAUUUAUCAUCAGACACUAAUCAGUAUAACAAUAAAUCGUUAGUAGAGACAACAAACACUGUUGAAGCAGAAAAAACAACAAAAAUAAGAAAUCAGUUGAAACAUUAGAGAUUCUAUUCACAAAACAACAACAACAAAAUGUUGUAAAUUAACAACAACAACAAUAAUAAGUUUAAACAUACUAUUAAACAUUUUAACUUAAAUUGUGUUCUUAAAAAAACAAGCAAACAAGAAAACAAAAAAAAUACUGUAGGAUUAAACAAAAAAAAAAAUAAGAUGGAUGACUCCAUGAACAUGUCCCUGGUGCCAAGGGAAGAAUGCAUGAAUGCCAUAAUAAAGCCAGUAAAUAUGAUUGAUAAUUCUACAGCAGUUAGUUUUCAAAAAAAUCCAAUUAUUACCACAACAUCAUCAACGCCAACAAAUGUCAAUUCUAAUACUCAACAUUUAACAAAUACAUCACACUUACAACAGCAACAGCAGCAGCAGCUGCCACAGCAGCAACAACAACAUAAUCAGUUGCCUUUGCAACCAGUUAAUUUUGUGGGGAAUAAUUUAAAGAAUGGUACCUUAAGUUAUGGUUCCCAAAACAAUUUAUGCAAUGGCGGCAUAUCCGGUAAUCAUAUAUUGGCACCCAAAAUACCCAAUAACUGCAGUCCAAAUGGACAGAAAAAAGGCACAGUAUCAUUAUCGCAUUUGCCACAACGACCACCGGUCGAUAUUGAAUUUACGGAAAUUUCCUAUUCAGUAUCAGAGGGUCGACGGCGUGGUUUUAAAACAAUAUUGAAGGGAGUAUCGGGUAAAUUUCGUAAUGGCGAAUUGACAGCGAUUAUGGGACCGUCUGGUGCGGGCAAAAGUACUCUCAUGAAUAUUUUAGCAGGCUACAAAACCUCCCAAUUAAGCGGCUCAGUUUUGAUCAAUGGCAAAGAACGUAAUCUCAGACGUUUUCGCAAACUCUCCUGUUACAUUAUGCAGGAUGAUGUACUCAUUGCAAAUCUGUCGGUACGUGAAGCCAUGAUGGUGUCUGCAAAUCUUAAGUUGGGCAAGAAUAUGGAUCUGGCUGCCAAAAAAGUUGUUGUCGAUGAGAUACUCGAAACAAUUGGUCUGAUCGAAUCAAGCAAUACAAAAACAUGUAAUCUCUCCGGAGGACAACGAAAACGGCUGUCAAUUGCUUUGGAGUUAGUCAACAAUCCACCCGUUAUGUUUUUCGAUGAGCCCACAUCGGGCUUAGACAGUUCGACGUGCUUCCAAUUGAUAUCGCUAUUAAAGUCCCUGGCUCGAGGUGGACGUACCAUAGUGUGUACCAUACACCAGCCGUCGGCUAGAUUAUUUGAAAAAUUCGAUCAUUUGUAUAUGCUGGCCGAGGGUCAGUGUAUGUAUGAGGGUAGGGUAAGAGCAUUAGUGCCCUUUUUAUCCUCUCUGGGUUACGAUUGUCCUUCGUAUCAUAAUCCCGCCGAUUAUGUACUGGAGGUGGCUAGCGGCGAGUAUGGAGAGUGUGUGCCAAAACUGGUGGCAGCCGUUAAGAGUGGCGUAUGCAAGAAAUACAGUCACAAAAACUAUGGUCUAGAUUUAUCCAAAGAUAUUAAUAAUGAUAUUAUCAAGGGCAAUGGCAAUACCGCCAAUGGUGGCAACUCAACAAAUACCACCUCGGUGACCAUGGAGGAUGAAAAGCUGAAAUUGGAUGAACCCACAACAGCUGCUGAAUUAGAGCUUAAUUCGAGCAUUUUAAAACCACCGAAAUUGGAAUCACAGAACAGUCAACAAUCCGAUUGUUCUGUUAUCAAUUUACCACGCAACGAUAAUGGUAAUGACAAUACAAAUUCUAAAGCCGAUCAAAGUAUUAUUGCUAUAUGUAAUGUUGCAGGUGCGGGAGGCGGUACUGCUGACAGCGGUGGCGGAGGUGGAGGAGGCAAUUCUAGUACUAAUGGUGCUGGCUGUACUACAUCAUUAUUGGAUUCACAUGAAUCGGUUAUAACGCUGCCGAAUAAAUCCGGUUUUCCCACCAGUGGUUGGACACAAUUUUGGAUUUUGCUCAAACGUUCCUUUGUCACGAUUAUGCGCGAUCGUAUGUUAACACACAUGCGUCUGGCUUCGCACAUCAUUGUGGGCGCUAUUAUUGGCAUGAUCUAUUAUGAUGUGGGUAAUGAGGCUUCAAAGGUUAUGAGUAAUGCUGGUUGUAUAUUCUUUACAACACUGUUUACCAUGUUUACGGCCAUGAUGCCAACAAUAUUGACUUUUCCAACCGAAAUGUCGGUAUUUGUGAGGGAGCAUCUAAACUAUUGGUAUUCUCUGAAGGCUUUCUAUUUUGCUAAAACUAUGGCAGAUUUACCAUUUCAGAUCGUCUUCUCUAGCGUUUACGUCAUCGUUGUCUAUUAUUUAACCUCACAACCCAUGGAACCACAGCGUCUAACAAUGUUUGUGGUCAUAUGUGUAUUAACAUCAUUGGUGGCCCAAUCGUUGGGCCUACUCAUAGGUGCUGGUAUGAAUAUAGAAGCUGGUGUAUUUUUAGGGCCAGUAACAACAAUACCAACCAUAUUAUUUUCGGGAUUUUUUGUUAAUUUUGAUACCAUACCGGGAUAUUUACAAUGGGUGACAUAUGUUAGUUAUGUACGAUAUGGCUUUGAAGGUGCCAUGGUUUCCAUUUAUGGCAUGGAUCGUGCUAAACUGCAAUGUAACGCUAUGUAUUGUCAUUUUCGUAGUCCUAAAAAGUUUUUAGAAGAAAUGUCUAUGGAUCAAGCCGAAUAUUGGAUUGAUGCUGUAGCCUUGAUUGGCAUUUUUAUAGCUCUAAGAAUCAUAGCAUACUUUGUGUUGCGCUGGAAGUUACACAUGAUUCGUUAAAUCAUUGAAAAUGUACUUGUUAUAUUCUUAUACAUUUAUAUAUAUAGAAACACAUAAAUAUAUAUAAGUAUAUAAAGCGAGUGCGAGUACUGUGCUGUAGUUUUUUAGAGUUUAGGCGUAGGACUCUAUAGAGUGUUGGUUUUUUUUUUAUUAGAAUUAUAUAGCAGAAAAAAAGACCUUUCUAUUCUCAAUAUGGUGUGAUAUGUACGCAAUGUGUUUAAUUUUAUUUUUUUAUAUAUUUAAAAAAAAAGAUAUUUUAUUUUAUAUAAUUUUUGUUUUAAUUUUUUUCUAUGAAUCUAUUUACAUGCAUAUUUAACUAAACAUAAAAAAAUAUACAAUACAUAUAAUGGGGCGAAAGCAAUUAUUUGAUAUUUUUCAUUAAUCAUCAUUAGUUAAAUUGUACUUUUUUUCGUAUGCAAAUUGUAAUGAGUUUGUUAUUGGAAAUUAUUGGGGGAAAUAUUGUUCUUUUUGGUGGUAGAUACUAGUAUUUAUGGUUUUUAAUAGGAAGAAAUUUAGAAUGAAGGCAUCACUCAGUAAAGUUUUAGAACAUGAAAUGUAAAGUUAAGUUCGACUUUAAAA